AUGGCGCUGUUCAAACGUUUCUUUUAUCGUAAACCGCCGGAUCACCUUCUUGAGAUUUCUGAGAAGGUUUUCGUCUUUGAUUGCUGCUUCUCGUCGGAUGUACUGGAAGCAGAUACGUACAAAACCUAUAUGAGUGGCGUUAUCACUGAACUCCAGGACUACUAUCCAGAUACUUCUUUCAUGGUUUUCAACAUGAAAGAAGGUGGUAACAACACUACCCAAAUUUCUGAUAUAUUCUCUAAUUAUGAUAUGACAGUCACGGAGUACCCUUGGCAGUAUGAAGGAUGUCCAUUGUUACCAUUAGUAACGAUCAAUAAGUUUUUAGAAACUUUCGAAAGUUGGAUGAUAUCUUCUGAACCAAAAAGUGUGCUUUUAAUGCACUGUGAAAGAGGAGGGUGGCCCGUGCUCGCUUUUAUGCUUGCUGCACUUCUUUUGUUAAGGAGGCAGUAUACUGGUGAGCAAAAGACUCUUGAAACGGUGUAUAAACAAGCUCCUCGUGAGCUUCUUCAUCUUUUGUCACCACUAAAUCCUCAGCCAUCGCAGCUAAGGUAUCUUCAGUACAUCGCCAAAAGAAAUUUAGGUGUUGAUUGGCCACCUGAAGAGGCACCUCUAGCUUUAGAUUGUGUCAUACUUCGAGUCCUUCCGUUGAUUGGUGGUAAGGGUUGCCGACCCAUUAUCCGCAUAUAUGGUCAUGAUCCGUUCUCAAUUGCAUCAAGUAAAAGCUGUAAGCUUUUAUUUUCAACCUCAAAUACCAAGAGUCAUGCUCGCUAUUAUGGAAUGAAUGAAUGCCACCUAGCAAAAAUAGAUAUCCACUACCGUGUUCAAGGGGAUGUGGUUCUUGAAUGCAUACAUUUGGAUGAUGAUCAUGUAAAGGAGGAGAUUCUGUUCAGAGUAGUGUUCCAUACAGCAUUUGUCCGAGGCUAUGUAUUGAUGUUGGGCCGUGAUGAAGUUGAUUUAAUUUGGGAUGCUCGGGAUCAGGUGCCCAAGGACUUCAAGGCAGAGGUACUUUUUGUGGAUGCUGAUCCUCUACCAUCUAUUAUCAACACAGAACGAGUAUCUAUUGAUGGGAGUGAAUCAACUGGAAGUGGUUCAGGGGAUGAGUUCUUUGAGGUAGAAGAAAUAUUUAGCAAUGCGGUUGACCAUGAUGAUUUUAAAGUAGAAGAUACAAGUUUUUUUGAAGAUGAUAUAUCUGGAUUUGAAGUAGAACCACCUUCAUCUCAAGAUCAUCCAUCAUAUGGCAGAAAUCAAAUCCACCAUCAUGAGGCUGACCCGAGUCUUCAAUUGGUUGAAGAUGUUGAUUUGAAGCCUACAAUUGUAAAAGACGUUGAUACGAAGGCUUCAAUAUUCAAAGAUGUUGAUUUGAAGUCAACUGUGGUACUUACGAGUGACUCAUAUGAGGUGGAUAGGUCAGACGUGAACCUGGAUGGUUUAGUAGAGGAAGUAGAAGUUAAAAAAGAUACAGAAGAGAAUCAAAGGGUGAAGGAGGUGCAGACUACUAGUAUUGUUAGUCAGAAAAGUUUGGGGAACUUAAAAAAAGAAAGCCCGAAACAUGUAAGACAGGUGAAAUCAGAUGUUAUACCAUGGUGGGUUCCUUCUAAUAAAGGGUUCUAUGCAAGACGUAAAAGUGCACCACCUGUGUUACCACCAUCAACGGAGUCUAAAUUAGGGGAGAAAAAGGUUUUUGAAGGAAAAAGGAGAUCCAGGAAACAAGCUUCCUGUCCGCCAUCUUUGGAUGUGCAACGAGUGAAGAAACCUUAUGAUGGAUCACUUGAUUUGCCAAAAUCUGUAAAGAACAUGCAAAUCAAACCUGUGAUUGCCCCAUCACCACUACUACCAUCACCUGGUUCACCUCAACAAGCACCAUCUCUGGAUGCACAAGUAAAGAAACCUUGUGAUGGCUCACUUGAACUGCCAAAAUCUGAAAAGAGCAUGGAAGUUAAAUCAGCGGAGGUCCCAUCACCUCCUGUAUGUGAAGCUACAGCUACACCGCUACCACCUCCUGUACAAGAUGCCCAACCCUCACCUUCGCCAUCACCACCACUUCCGGUGAAUGAAGCCCCUGCUCCACUUAAUGUAUCCACACCUACUAAGCCUGGUGCUUCAGCUCCUCCGCCUACUCCUCCAAUAAACACGAUAGCAGCAGUCGCUCCACUACCACCACAGCCGCCACCCAUUACUGAAGCAAUUGCUCCACCUCCUCCACCUCCACCUCCUCCACCUCCUUCAGGUGCUCAUGUAUCUGGGCCUCCACCACCUCCUCUACCACCACCUGGAACACCUGCACCACUACCACCUGCAGCACCUGCACCUCCACCGCCACCUGGAGUACCUGCACCUCCACCGGCACCUCCACCGCCACCUGGAGCACCUGCACCUCCACCGCCACCUGCAGCACCUGCACCUGCACCUCCACCGCCACCUGGAGCACCUGCACCUCCACCACCACCUGGAGCACCUGCACUUCCUCGACCACCCGGAGUGCCUGGACCUCCUCCACCACCUGGAGGAGCACCUGGACCUCCUCCACCACCUGGAGCCCCUGGACCGCCAGGUGGCCCUCCACCUCCACCAGGUCGUCUAGGUGGUGGCCCAGGUAGAGGGAGAGGACGAGGAGGACUUCAAGUAAAAAAAUCCAAUCUAAAGCCAUUGCAUUGGAACAAGGUAAGUAGGGCAUUGGCAGGAAGUUUGUGGGCCGAAUUGCAGAAUAAUGGCACCCAAAGGUACGUGCCAGACUUUGAUAUGUCAGAAAUUGAGACACUUUUCUCUGCAAUAGCUCCAAAGAAAGUUGCUCCCAAAGAUGCGGAGAAGAAAAAAGCUUCUAGUUCAAAACCUGAAGUAGUCCACUUGAUUGAUCUGAGGAGGGCCAAUAACACGGAAAUCAUGCUGACAAAGGUUAAAAUGCCGCUUCCUGAAAUCACAGAGGCAAUUCUUGCUAUGGAUGAAGAACGAUUAGAUGUUGAUCAAGUAGAAAAUAUUCUUAAAUUCUGUCCCACGAAAGAAGAGAUGGAGCAACUCAAGAAUUAUACAGGUGACAAGGAACUACUGGGCAAGUGUGAACAGUAUUUCCUGGAGCUAAUGACGGUGCCCCGUAUGGAGGCAAAAUUAAAUGUUUUUUUGUUCAAAAUUCAAUUUAACACUCAGCUUGCAGAAUUUAAGAAGAAUCUAGACAUUGUAAACUCUGCAUGUGACGAGGUCCGGAAGUCUAACAAGUUGAAGGAAAUCAUGAAGAGAAUUUUAUAUUUAGGGAAUACGUUAAAUCAAGGAACUGCUAGAGGUGCUGCAGUUGGUUUCAAGUUGGAUAGCCUUUUGAAACUGACUGAUACACGAUCCACAACCAGCAGAAUGACUCUAAUGCAUUAUCUCUGCAAGGUUCUUGCCACCAAGGCACCAGCCCUUCUAGAUUUCCAUGAGGAUCUUGUUAGCCUUGAAGCUGCAACCAAGGUACAAUUGAAAGCCUUAGCAGAAGAAAUGCAGGCCAUUAUCCUUGGUUUGAAAAAAGUCAAGCAGGAACUAGAUGCAUCCGCAAAUGAUGGCCCAAUAUCUGAAGGUUUUCACAAGGAAUUGAAAGAGUUCAUUGGCAAUGCUGAGGCGGAAGUGAACAGUGUAACAAAUUUUUAUGCCGUUGUGGGUAGAAAUGCUGAUGCUUUGGCCUUAUAUUUUGGUGAAGACCCUGCUCGUUGCCCUUUUGAACAAGCUACUCUAACCCUAUUGAACUUUGUGAGACUCUUCCGAAAAUCCGAUGAGGAGAACCGUAAAAAUGCUGAAGCAGAAAAAAAGAAAGAGGAGGCGGAGAAAGCAAAAAAAGCUGGUGAAAAGUAA